AUGCACCAGAAAGCUGAAGCCAAAAAGCAGAAACAGUGGAAAUUGCGGAUCAGAAGCUGUGCGAAGAAGCAGAGGUCAAAUCAGAGGUCUUAUGCGAACCAGUUGCUGCGUGCGAAGGAGCUAGAGAAGAAAAUAUUGCAAACCAGAGGCUUUUGCAGGCCAGACUGUGAUCGAUGGGGGAGAGCUUGUGGACUAAAUAGUCCAGGAAUUUAUAGUGCUUCUGGUAAAAAUGAUCGGUCUUCAACUUCUUCAUGUAAGAAAACAGCUGAUAAGGAAACGUGCAGAUCCCUCGGUCCAUGUAGUCCAAGAACUGAAAGUGAAAUAUUGUCUUCCCCAAAUUUGAAAGCCUUCACAUUUAAUGAGCUCCGGAGUGCCACCAAGAACUUCCGUCCAGAUAGUUUUCUUGGUGAAGGAGGAUUUGGAUGUGUUUACAAGGGGUGGAUUGAUGAGCAAACCCUUGCGGCUUCAAGGCCUGGAGUUGGAACAGUUGUUGCUGUUAAGAUGCUAAGACCUGAAGGUUUCCAGGGCCAUAAGGAGUGGUUGUCAGAACUAAAUUAUCUGGGUCAACUUCAUCACCCAAAUCUGGUAAAGCUUAUUGGAUUCUGUGUUGAAGGAGAAAAUCGGCUUUUGGUCUAUGAGUAUAUGCCUAGAGGCAGUCUGGAAAAUCAUCUAUUUAGAAGAGGGGCCCAACCACUUUCUUGGGCUAUAAGGAUGAAAGUUGCCACUGAUGCUGCUCGGGGGCUCUCCUUCUUGCACGAUUCUGAGCAAAAAGUUAUCUACAGGGACUUUAAGGCAUCUAAUAUCCUUCUUGAUUUGGAGUUUAAUGCAAAGCUUUCGGACUUUGGCUUGGCAAAAGCGGGCCCUACUGGUGAUCGUACUCAUGUUUCAACUCAAGUCUUGGGUACUCAAGGCUAUGCUGCACCUGAGUACAUUGCUACUGGUCGUUUAACUACAAAAUGUGAUGUCUAUAGCUUUGGGGUUGUGUUGCUGGAACUGCUGUCGGGUCGCCCUGCUAUUGACAAGACAAAACCAUGUGUGGAGCAGAAUCUGGUGGAGUGGGCGAAACCUUAUCUGAGUGAUAAACGGAGAGUAUUUCGGAUUAUGGACACCAAGUUAGAAAGUCAGUACUCCCAGAGAGGAGCUUUUAUGGUUGGCCUCCUUGCAUUACAGUGCACCAGUGAGGCCAAGAUUCGGCCUCCUAUAUAG